GAAUAUCUAGGAGGCCAGCGUGUCUGGAGGAGACCAAGGAGGAGAGCAGUGGGAGAUGAGCCCAAAGAGAUGGCAGUAGGCUAGGUCCUAAAGGACCUCAUACGUAAGAAAGGAAGCCAUUGAAGUGUUUUUCACAGAGAACUGACAUUAUCUGACUUUUUAGCAGGAUCAUGCUGGCCACUGAGUUUUGAGAGUAAAGAGGGCAAGAUUGGAAACAUAUGGGGUUCAUUUAGGAGGCUACAGUUAUAAUCCAGACAAAAGCUUGUGGUGGCUUGAGCCAGACAAGUGACAGUGGUGAUAGUGAGAAGUGGCUGGAUCCUGGAUAUAUUUUGAAAAUAGUGUUCACAAGAUUUUCUGACACACUAGGAUGUGGGGUUAUGCACUAUCUGUGAUACUGUCAAAUUUCCAUCAUAUGCUCCUAAUUGGUGAAAAAGAUACAAAUUCUCACUUGUUCUGUCAUUUUUAGAGUAUGAUUUUCCCUGACAUAACUUCAACUUUCCUUUUGUUCCUGAGUUUGAAAACACAUCCCACAAUUAUUUCUAUGUCCUAUCUCAACCUUGAGGAAAGAUAAAGAGAAAAUGUGGCUUUGAAAAUUGACAGUGCCAAUACUAUCUUAUGAGUUUCUCAACUGUAAGCUCCAGCCUUAUUUCACUUACCUUGUUGAUGUUCUCAAGGCCUGUCUCAGAACCUUGCACCCGUUAGGCUCUCAGAAAAUGUUCGUUAAAUGGUAUAGUCUCCACAUUUCCCACCCAAUAAUGAACAAAAACAACAAUCAGCCCCUGUCAACUGCACAAUCAUAAAUUAAAGUUUGUAUUUUAGUAUUUAGUAUAUUAUGCCAGGGUACUCAUUGGGUAAAUGUAGUUGAGCUUCCAGCACCUUCAUUACUACCACCUGCAAUCUGAAGUUGUGUUAGCUUUUUUGCACCUGGAAAGGUAACAAAAAGGCGGAGGAGACUGGUUUUGUAAUUCGCAUCUGGGACAGAGCGUCACGCCACCUAUCUCUUGUAAAAUCUACUGAGGAGUUAACGCCCCCUUAAACAGCGCACAAAUGUCUACGGGGAUGAUCAGUCAAAAUGCGUCUAUACGAAAGGCUGGAGACCCGAGCCUUUCCCAGGGCCCAGCCCACAAGCUCCCGAGGCACGGGCCUGCGCUGUGCACUCCGGGAGUUGUAGUUCCUCCUCUCUUCAUGCGAGCCAGGACGCAGUAUCUCUGGCGCCUCCAACGGCGCGCAGGCUCCGUGAAGCGCGGCGCACGCGGACGGCACGCGUUUCCUAGCAACGGGGGAGCGGCAACGUCACGCCGGCGGGCGCUAAGAGCAGCUGCCCAGUGUUGGGCGGCUUUCAGUACCUUUCAGCACCUGCGGGUUGGAGGGAACGCUGCUUGCAGCUUUCUGUCGGCACGUCUCCGUCCGUCCUUACCCGCGUUAUCCUAAACCCGGUCGCCGACAGCAACCUUCCUCCGCGACCCCGCGUCUGAGGCACUGCCGGAGGCUAGAGGCGGCCCGCCGGGUUCCUGUCUGGCCCUCGCCCCCAGCGCCCGCGGAGCCCGCCGCCCGCGGCCUCAGCGGGACGAUGCUGGAGUCCAUUCGCGUGACGGAAAAGCUUCACUGGCCUGAGCAAGAACUUGCUAAGAAGUCUAUUCUAAAUGCAGAAGAGUCCUUGAUUAUUGGCAGCAAAGGAAGCAUUUCACAUUUAUCUCCUGGAAUACUAAAGGACAUUUUCACAACUGGAACCAGUAGUUACAAUGUCCUACUACAGAGCAAAGAGGAGAAAAAGCAUCAUUCACAAAAACAGUCUUCCUCCACCUACUCCAAAAGAUGUAGAAAACCCAGCAAAUCUAGCUCUUCACGUAGUAAAGAUCUUCGCAAGAUGAAAGCCCCAGUGCCUGUGAUGAGCAGUGAUACUUGGUACUGCCUAGAAAGGCAGCCUGCUGUUUUUGUCACUAGUUCAGUGUCAAGUCCUGUAAAGUUUACACAUGAUAUCUCUGUUACAGGAAACAGCACAGUACUGCCACCUAAACCCAAAAAUGAAAGAAAGGUCAAGCGACGCCAUUUCUCUACUCUUCCAAAGCCAAAGCUGCAGCCUCAGCUGUCUAGAAGUUUUGAAAAAGGAGAUGACUUUUCUGGAAAGAAAUUUUGUAUACUGAGUGCUAUAAAGCCCACCAACUUGGAGAAAGAAAAAGUGAGAUUCUUUAAGUCUGACUAUACCUACAAUCCUCAGUUUGAAUAUGCUAAUCCUUCCCUGCCAAGUGUGUUAGCCAAGCACAGCAACGCAACUGACCGGUUUCUUAAGCAGUCCAUCAAUAUUAUGGAACUGACUUUACAAAAGUAUGGAAGCUAUGAAAAAUUUGAACAGGCCACCGGUGGUAGCCUGCUAUCUAAAACUCGAAUCUGGAGUCAUGUUAGGAAAUACAUGAUGAAAGAAGGCUGCAUGGGUGAGAUUGUAGUUCACCUCACUGAGGACCUGCUUUCCCGAGCUUCCAUGACAGUAGUAAAUGGAUGUCCAACACUGACCAUCAAUGUUUGCACCGCACGUGAGCAUUGGCUGGAAGGAAUGCUGAGGCAUGAAAUAGGCACACAUUAUUUUCGAGGUAUUAACAACCUUCAGCAGCCAUGGAACAGUUGGACUGGCCGUAAAAAACAUGACCUAAAGCCAAACAAUCCCACAGAGGAAGGACUGGCAAGUAUUCACAGUGUCCUGUUUAGAAAAGACCCCUUUUUAUGGAGGGCUGCCCUCCUCUACUACACUGUUUAUCGAGCCAGCCACAUGUCUUUUUGUGCAUUAUUCAAAGACAUUGGAAAGUUUGUCAAGGACCCCAAUACAAGAUGGGAUUAUUGUGUACGAGCCAAGAGGGGAUGGACUGAUACCUCUCAACCAGGGUGUUUCAGUAAAGACCAGGUAUACUUGGAUGGUAUCCUGCAAAUCCUCCGAUAUAGAGAGACCAUUGACUUUCAUCUACUUACGGCCCUGGGGAAGGUCUCUUAUGAAGAUGUGGAUCGCUUAAAAGGAUUGGCAGUUACUGAAAACAUGAGGGUCCCUCACUUUCUGCAGGACCAUGGCCGAUAUAUGGAACACUUAGAGAAGAUCAUGGAAGUGAAUGAACUGACUGACAGGGAACUGAAAGAUCUUAUAUAUUAAUUAGCAUUCUUGCAAACAUAGCUAAGCUAUACCUCCAUGUAUAUUACCAAUUAGGUGCAGUUAGCACCAGCAGAUUUAUAAAAGAAGAAUGACUGUUUACAUGAGUUUUCUGAAGAAUGGUCUGCAGUAUUCAGCUGAAUAUUUAGGUUAAGAACAAACUUUAAACUGUCUCCCUAAAAUGUUUCUAUAGGCUACAGGGGAAAGUUACUCCUGUUUUCAUCUGAAUCUCAACAGAGUCAGAUGAAAAUACUGCUGAUGGGUGUUUUUGAGGAGUCUUGGUCAAAUUGAGUGAUAAACUUCUGCCUGAGAACCAAGACCAGCUCUUACUAGAGAUGGAAUUCCUGUGUUGUUCAAACUUCAAGGUAAUAUUUUAUUUAAUAAAUAAUGGUAAUUAUUCUCCUUUGAAAAAUUAGUCUGUGUUAUGCUCCCAAAAGCUAGAAAAUAAGAAAUUUAAGGUUUCUUAUUUUCUUAUAUGUUAAGUAAUGUUAAAGGGAGGGGAAAAGCAAUUUGAAAAGUUUUCAUAGUUCUUUAUUUUACACAUUAUUGUUUCACCUUAUUAGCUUAUAGGAACUAAAGUAGAAGAUUACCAUAUUUUGUCCAGUUAUCCCUUAACUAAAUUUGGUUUUCAUCUGCUGAAACAUACUGGACACCUUCAAAAUUUUAACCAAGUUUUAGGGUCUUUGCUUCCCAAGUCUCAGAGGUUUCUCUACAUAAAUCAAAAUAGUUGGGGAAGAGAGAAGCUACUUACCUUUUUUAUUAAAUGGAGCAAUGAGCAGGGGAUAUAUCAUGUAGGAGCUGGAUGUUGACUGGGUAGCAUCUACAGUAAGCUUGACUAUAUACUCUGAGAAACAGAAUUUCUGGGCAUUGUCAUUUGAUAAACUGGCUUUGUGAUACUGGCUCAGUAUUUUAUCAAAAUCUUUGACUUCAUCAAGCCAAUAAUGACAUACUUUGAAUUUCAAGAAUAUGAUUUACUACAUUUCUCCUGCUAAAAGCUUAUAUCUAGCUUUGUAAUUUAUCAAUUUCAAUAUAUACUUGGAUAGGUAUAAUAGGUAUACUUGGGAUCAAGUAGUUUUUCAAACUUAAUCUGAAAGAAUACUGCUGUAAACACCCCAUUCAAAAUUGCUACUGUAAUUUCUACCCAAAGUCUAUCUGAGAGUUUACCUCAAUUCAGACUUAAAUAUGGUGCUAACACUGGUAGAUGUAUACUGCAAAGUCUGGUUCACAUUCACAUUUUAGAAACUCUUUUGCAGACAAGGUUAUGGGAUUUUUCUCUUUCACAUAUCUGGAAGGGCGCCUCAAAGAAUGAUAUACUCCAGCAAACAUGAUAUACUCUAAUUGGCACCUGGUAGUUCUUGCAAAGCCACGUAUUUCACCUUUGGCAGUAGCAGGCAAGGCCCUUUAGAGUACUGAAGGUGCCCAUACCUGUGUCAUGCUGGCUGGAGUGUGACCUGCACUGGGGGCACAGUGCACCAACACUAACCAGACACCAGAAGACCACUCUUGUCCUCUCAAGCAUUAUUUCUUUGUAGCAGAGUCAUCCAGUUUUAGCUUUGUGUAGUGUUUUCUGACUUCAUCUUCAGACUUAUCAAAGGUAACUGUGAAAACAACGUCUUAGUGCUGGAGUUGAAGUACAGACAGAAAUGGCAAUAUUUAUGUCCUGUGACUUAAGGUCAAAUGAUUAUAAAUUCAGCAUUUGUAGGCAAUAACACUGCUAAUCUUAUGUUAUGGUUUAAAUAUAAAGGAAAAUCACAGCAGCCUUAAUUUCCUAUUGGUAGGAUUGUUUGUAGUGGUUGUAGUCCCUGAAUUUUAAAAUGGAUAGAUAUUACGUGAUCUGAAAAAGGAAACACUUUCUUGCCUUACUGCUUUGGUAUAAGGACAAAAAAUAUGAGCACUAUCCAGACCAAAAAAAAAGACCUUAAAUCACAUUAAGAUAUUUCAAAGGUUAGCAAUGAACCAAAAGUAGUUUAAGAUUAGCAGAAAUACUUAAAUAAAGAGCUCUAAGCUUUAAAAGUUGAGAUUGAAUGUUUAUUCUUUUUCUUGAAAUAGCAUUAAGGUCAGUUUUCUCUAAAAUGAAAGUUUUUAUAAAUAGAAAAUUACAACAGCAGUACUUAGGAGAAUAGUUGAAGAUCAUACUCGUUUUAAUUAGAAUAGUCAUUUACUAUAGGCUAUUGAUCAUUAGGAUUUCAUCAAUUUUUUCCACUGAAAUUCUAACAUAUAGUUGUAUCAAAUACAAAUUCUAAUAAACUGUUUGUUAGGUUUUCACACCAGACAGUUGCAAAGUAAAAUAGUCUGCAAACAUAAAUCCAUAGUCUUCAUUUCUUUAUAUUUUCAAACUUUGAGCAUUUUGUGUCUAGCUGUAAUAGAAAUAAAUAGCACUGAGGUUCUUAAAUGAACUAUUUGGAUAUAUAUGCAUGCAAACUUCUGUUCUUUUAAAACCUAAUUAUAUUUUUAUUGUGGUAUUUCUGGGGUUUUUAUUGUAAUUAUUGAAAAUAUCAUCAAUCAUCUUUGUCUUCUAGUAUUCUUAUUUAUAGAGAAAUAUAUUUGCCACACUCUACCUUUCCCCUAAUUAGUUCCCCUAAUUAGCAUAUACUCCCAUGGGGCAUAGGGAAAAGGAGAGAGGGAAAAUUCUGUCUUAAUUUACUACCCUGUUUGUUUAUUGAAUAAACUUUU